CCGCGGCGAGGGGAGGACCCUUCUCCGCAACGCUUCCCCUGCCCUGGUUUCCUCAGCUCCACUGACCACGCUUCGUCGCGCGCUUGAACUUGAAGCUCCAGCCCGGAGGUCCGGAGCUCCCCGCGCUGCACUCCCCUCGAUUCGAACCCGACGACCAAGCAAAGGAAGCUGCUGGCUCCCGCGCGCGCGCGCCUGUUCGCCGCUAGCUUCAGACGGCCGGUAUCAUGGCGCACGACCUACGCGACGACCUGGAGCUCGUCGGCGGCGACUACUACUUCGACGACGACGACGACUUCGAUGACGGGUUCCAGACCGGCAGCGGUGGCUCUUCCGGCCUGCAGCAUGAGCAAAUGGAUGAUACUUCAGCUUCGGAUUAUAAAGAAGGGAAAGACAUCCAAGGGAUACCCUGGGAAAGAUUAAACUACAGUAGGGACCAGUACCGCAAGAUGAGGUUGAAAGAAUACAAGAACUAUCAGAACCUCACUAGGUCACGCAGCGGACUAGAACAGGAAUGCAAACAAGUGGAGAGAAAGGAUGCUUUCUAUGAUUUCCAGUCCAGUACGAGAGCUGUCAAAUCGACGAUAGUCCAUUUCCAGCUGAGGAACCUCCUGUGGGCUACUUCGAAGCACGACGUAUACCUCGUGCAGAACUACUCCGUGAUGCACUGGUCUCCCCUGCUCCAGAGAGGAAGAGAAGUGCUCAAUGUGGCCGGACAAUUGACUCCCACAGAGAAUGUCAAGGGGGCUGGGCGACUGUCGAGGGUUCAGGUCAGCACCAUGGCUCUCGAGGACAACCUCAUGGUGGCCGGUGGCUUCCAGGGAGAACUCAUCUGCAAGUAUAUUGAUAAACCUGGGGUGGCUUUCUGCACGAACCUGAGCGGCAACAACAACUCCAUCACGAACGCCGUGGACAUCUACCGGGCGCCCAACGGCGCCACCCGAGUGACGGCCGCGAACAACGACUGCGUCGUCAGGACGUUCGACACCGAGAGAUACAGCCUGCUCACCCAGUUCACCUUCCCGUGGUCCGUCAAUAACACGUCGGUGUGCCCCGACGGCAAGCUGAUGGCGGUUCUCGGCGACAGCUCCGACUGCCUUCUCACCGACUCCCAGUCCGGCAAGGAGAUCGCGAGGCUCCAGGGCCACCUGGACUACUCCUUCGCGUCGGCGUGGCACCCCGACGGGCACGUCCUGGCCACGGGGAACCAGGACGCGACGUGCCGGCUCUGGGACGUCCGCAACCUGUCCGAGUCGCUCGCCGUGCUCCCGGGCCGCAUCGGCGCCGUCCGGGGCCUCCGGUUCUCCCCCGACGGCCGGUUCCUGGCCGCGGCCGAGGCGGCCGACUUCGUGCACGUGUACGACGCCGCGGCCGGGUACGCCGGCGCCGAGCAGGAGCUGGACCUGUUCGGGGAGGUGGCCGGCGCCGCGUUCAGCCCCGACGGGGAGGUUCUGUUCGUGAGCGUCGCCGACCGGACCUACGGCGGCGUGCUGGAGUUCCGGCGGCGCCGGUCGUACGGGUACCUCGACUCGUGCUUCUUCUGAGGUGUCUCGGCCUGGCCGACCGGCGUGCCGGACUAUAGAGUGUGUACCGUUGGUAUUUUUUGCAGUGUAAAGGCGCAGUGUUUUUUGCGUGCGCGGGUCCUGACCUGAUUGGUGCUGCCUGCAUUUCGCUCUUUUAGAACUGCGGGGUGGCAGGUACUGUCAGGAGGUUUGUUUGUGUAAGUAGGCACCUUAAACGUGGUGUUUUAGGCACUGUAGUGUAUGAAUCGUAAAUCUGUAAAUCUGUGGGGUUUGCUAAUGUAAGAAGAGGGCUUGUUUGCUAGUUUUUUGGGGUUAGUUUCUGGAUUAA